AUGUCUUGGCAGCCUAACCGGAAGCGCGCUCGCUCUUGCGAUAGGCUGAGACCUCCUUCUUGCCAAAAGCACGGCAAACAAUCACAUACAUCGAUUGCGACAGAGGCAAACACAGACGCACGACUCCAACAGCGAGCCGCCUCACUUUGCGCGAACGAAUCGGACAGCCCGCUCCUCGACCACGCCCAAAGGCCCUCGCUACAACGAGGCCACACAGACAUCAUGGCAGCCCGCAAGCUCCAGCAGGAAAUUGACAAAUGCUUCAAGAAGGUGGCAGAAGGCGUCGCAACCUUCGAAAGCAUAUAUGAGAAGAUUAUGCAGACGGGGAACCCGUCGCAGAAGGAGAAAUUGGAGGAUCAGCUGAAGAAGGAGAUCAAGAAGCUGCAGCGGUCGCGAGAUCAGAUCAAGACGUGGGCGGCCAUGGGCGAGAUUAAGGACAAGAAGCCAUUGCUGGACCACCGGAAACUGAUCGAGACCCAAAUGGAGCGCUUCAAGGCCGUGGAGAAGGAGAUGAAGACGAAAGCAUACUCAAAGGAAGGCCUGCAACUGGCAUCCAAAAUCGAUCCCAAGGACAGAGAGAAAAUGGAAUUGGUCGAUUUCCUCGUCUCAAUGAACGAAGAGCUCGAGCGGCAAAUAGAGAUGAUUGAAGCCGAGACGGAGACGAUACAGGCCAAUAUGAAAAAGGGCAAGAAGGCGGACAAUGCCAAGGCGGAGCGGAUAGCAGCGCUGGAAGAGGCGACAGAGCGACAUAAGUGGCACCAGGGAAAACUGGACUUGCUACAAAGAGCGCUGGAGAAUGGCAACGUCGAAACGGAGCAGGUCAAGGAGAUUGAGGAGAGCAUCAAGUACUACGUCGAGAACAAUCAAGAUGCGGAUUUCAUGGAUGACGACACAAUAUACGACGAUUUUAACCUUCAAGAAGAGGAGGCAAUUUUCGGGCUGGGCAACGAUUUGGAUCAUGUCUCGUCACAAGAUGCGCAGUCGGUCGCAGAUGACACCCCAGAGGCCGAGGGUAGACCGCCAAUGCCAAAGCCCAAGGCAACGGAAGCAAUACAAUCAGGGGCACGGCGGUCAUCGACGCAGAUGAAAUCGCCACUGCCAGCCUUGGCCACCCUACACACCCCAUUACCUGGUACCUCGAACUCAACGUCAAGUUCCAUGAAGCCCGCGCCCAUACCGACUCGAACACCCGGAGAGCCACUGAAAUAUGCCUCGGCCGCUGCCGCUGCCGCUGCAAGUGAUAAGAAUGGAGUGGGCAUCGCGCCUCUGCCACCGCCACCUGGGGCGCAAUCUGGAUUGACACCAGCUGGCGCACGUCCAAGUGCAACCAACUCGCCCGCAACAACACACUCACAACCCGUCGCACGUACGCAAGCAUCAACAGAACCUGUACAGACUUCAAGGUCCCCUGCCCCAUCAGCCAGUGUGCCGGCCCCAGCGGAACAGUCGCAGUCACGUACCGCCGAACUUGAAGAUGCCAGUAAAGCGAGCAGAAGGACUCCGGCGCCCGAACCCGUAGAGGAAGAAGAAUCGCAAGCUGCCACACCGCCGCUAACUAAUGGCGAGUCUCAUGCCGAUGAUGAAGAGGAGGAGUCCGUUUACCAUUUACCGUCGAGCCUGCAGGAUCUCCUAGAUUCUUUCGAGGCUACGAAGAAUGAAAUCCAUGCCUCUGCAACGAAACCUCCGGACGAGCGCAUGCUAGCCCAAUCCAUGACUACAGCGCCAGACUCCGCGGACACGGAUGCGCCGCGUCACUACCGCCCACAGAAUCCAUAUCCGUUUACCCCUUCGCAUUAUCCUCAGGAGCCACUGCCGAUAUUCGACGACCCUCGGCUGUACUCCAGAAUAGAGACGGACGCCCUCUUCUACGCGUUCUAUUACCGCCAAGGUACAUAUCAACAAUACCUAGCCGCGAAAGCACUGAAAUCGCAAAGUUGGAGAUUUCACAAACAGUACCAAACUUGGUUCCAACGGCAUGAAGAACCCAAGGCAAUCACCGAAGACUAUGAACAGGGCACUUACAGGUUCUUCGACUACGAGAGCACAUGGAUGAACCGAAGGAAAGCAGACUUCCGCUUUGCUUACAAGUUUCUGGAAGAUGAGUUAUAA